GGAAGCUUCCAAUCCUCGGGCACGGGGUGGUUGGUCGUCGUUCUCGCGCAGCGAGCAGGUUGCGUAGCUCUCGGGGCCGCACUGGCCCAAGGCCCUUCCAGGGACUGGUGGUCUGGAGACCUGGCAGAGUCGGCCAAGCCCUUCAUGGAUGGAGCUCAGGCCCGAAGAGGCCCCUGAAGAGGCCGCUGAGCUCCAGCAGCGAGUGCUGAAUCGCCAAAUGGGACCGCAAGGCCAUCAACCUGCAGGUGAAGGUUGAGGUGCUGCGGCGUUUGGAAGGUGGAGAGAAGCUCAGCAGAAUCGGGAAGGCACUGGGGCUGUCCACCGCCACUGUGGCCGCCAUUCGUGACAACAAGAAGAUCCAGGAGGGUUCGCAGGCGGCCACCAGCUUGACACGUAGCCGCAGCCUGAUAAUGGAGCACAUGGAGCGGCUGCUGAGCGUGUGGAUCGAGGACCAGAACCAGCGCAACGUGCCCAUCAACGUGGUGCCCAUCCAGGAGAAAGCCCGCAGUCUGUUCGAAGACCUUAAGCGGGAGCAGAGCGACAGCGCCGAAUCCGAAGCCCUCGGGGCCAGUCGCGGGUGGUUUGCCCGGUUCAAGGUGCGCCACAGCUUGCCGCAGCAUAGGGCCCAGCGGUGAGGCUAUGGGUUCCAACGCAGAAGCCACGCGAAAGUACCCGGAGGGUGAUCCAGGAGGGCGGCUACACGGCCUGGCAGGUGUUCAACGUGGACGAGACCAGGCUUUUCUGGAAGCGUCUGCCUGACAGGACGUUCAUUUCCAUGGAGGACAAGUCGGCCCCGCGGGUUCAAACCCGCCAGAGACCUCCCGACCCUGCUGCUUGGUGGCAACGCGGCUGGCAACCUCAGGCUGAAGCCCUUGCUCGUGUACCCGUCGGAGAACCCGUGUGCCCUCAAGGGCUUCUCCAAGCCCAACCUGCCCGUGGUGUGGCGCUCGCACAAGAAAGCUUGUGUGACCAUGAGCCUCUUCCAGGAGUGGUUCGUGCACCUCUUCUGCCCCGCUGUGGAGAGGUACUGCUCCCAGCACGGCCUUCCGAACAAAGCGCUGCUCGUCCUGGACAGCGGCCCGGCCACCCUGGGAACCUGAACACCUCUCUGACCACGUGCGCGUGGAGUGCCUGCCAGGAACACCACGGCCCUUAUCCAGCCCAUGAACCAGGGCGUCGCGGCCCUCUUCAAGUUCUGUUACCUGCGGAGGGUCUUCUGCCUGCUGGUGGUGAGGGCGGGCGGCGGUCCAGAACUUCUGGCGUCCUCGAUGCCGUUGACAACAUCUCCGAGUCUUGGGAGGAGCUCCCGCCAGCCACGCUGAACGGAGGGUGGAGAAAGCUGUGGCCCAAGUGCGUCCAGAGCGGUUUGGGCAGCGGACACGUGGAAACCCUCCCACAGAUCCGGCGCGAUAGUGUGGCGCUGGCACACAGCGCAGGUUUUGCAGAGGUGGCAGAAGCAGGUGUGGCCGAACUGCUGCAGUGCUGGGGGGCGGACCUGUCCAACGAGGAACUGAUGGGACUGGAGCAGGAGUGGGCCGCGGGGCGGUGGGGUGGGAUUGUCAGAGACAACGAUCCCAACCCGGAGCGCAGCCUCAAAGUCUGCCGGAGCAUCAAAGACAUCAGCAGCUACAGAGAGCUCUUCAAGGAGAAGAAGAGAGGCCUCAAGCAGGGGUUGGGUGUAAGUAUUCCUGGAGCCCACACCCACUACACUGAGCAGUCCCUGUGUGCAAAAGUGGGGCUUGCAGAGAUGGAUGGACUUCCUGCUUGUUUUCCUGUCACCCUGCAGCUGAGCUUCAAGCCCUGCAGACAGCAAAGCCUGAAGCGAUUUGAUGUGGUUCGCAUCAGGAAGGAGGAAAUGCUGAUCGUCCCCCAUUAG